AUGGAGCUCGUCACAACUCUGGCCAGCUGGUUUACGCCGACGACUCUCUUCCUCCUCCUCAAUUUCACCAUCGGCACCAUUUUCUUCACCAACCGGUUCGGUUCCGGUUCCAAGAAACACCAGCCGCAUCAAGAUGGCUUCGGGUCGGGUCAUGCCCAUGCUUCGGCGCCGUUGGCCAGAGCUCCCUCGCUCAUAGACAGAGUCAAGUCCAUCAACUUCAGUCUCUACAAUUCUCCUUCCCCAGAAUCCGAGAUCCACUUCUACGAGUCGGAUUCUCGCCCGAAUCCGCCACCUUCUCUUCUGGAUCGGGUCAAAUCCAUCAACAUGCCUUACUUCAGGUUCCCGCAGCACAAUUCCGAAGGCGACUACGCUGCUUACGCGCUGAUGACCCGACCCGAAGAGACGAACCGGGUCGACCCGAUCGACAAGAUCCCGGAAGAUGACGUACCGGCCCAACCUAGAGUUGGAGCUCCAUCUCUCUUGCAGCGGGUAAAAUCCAUCAAACUCCCGUCCUUGUACAGAACCGAGCCAGAUCCGGUUUCCGAAGAGCAGAAGCCGGCGAGGACGAAGUCGGAAUCGAGUAAACCGGCGAUGAAGAAUAAGAAGAAGAAAGCGGUGAAGAAGAUGACGAAAUCGGCUAGUGAGAAAGCCGGCGUCGGAUACCUCGGCGGUGAGGGGGAGACGGUUGCAGCCGUGGAAAAGAGGCGGCCGGAGACGACGAGAAUAGAGGGAACGACGUCGAUCGGCGAGGAAGAAGAAGGUGUCGACGAUAAAGCCUCCGAUUUCAUCAACAAGUUUAAGCAGCAGCUUAAGCUACAGAGGCUAGAUUCGUUUCUACGGUACAGGGAGAUGCUCAAGAACGACUAA